AUUGAAAAACAUGUAAAAAUUUUAAAUGAGAUGUAUAUGAAAGAAGGAAGCACAAGUUCCCACAUAUCGUUGAUUCAUAUAGGGCACGCAUGUUCUUCUCCUACCUCUAGUUUUUCUAAUGACUUUAAUAAAUCCUGGAAUGAUUUAUCAGACAUUUCUUCAGAAGAUUCCAUUCCUAAAGAACAUGUUUUAAAAAAGGAUGCGCCCGUUAAAGAUUUUGAACUCGUUAGUUUACUUGAUGGGGAAUCAUCACAUACCAUACUGCCGGAUCAAAAUGAAGUUAAGGAUAAAGGACCAAUAAAGCAAAAUAAUAAUGAAAAUAAUACUGUCCCUUGCCAAAAUACGAAUGAUGUAACCACAAAAAAAUCCUUGCAUCAAUCUUCAAAGAAGGAUCACAAUAAAGAAAAUGAUAUCCAUAAAAUAAAAGGGUUUACAACAUUUAAGGGAAAAGAAAAUGAUAACACCAAAAAUUUGUUUCUUAAUGCAUCAAAAGUUUUUGAAAGCAUUACAAAAUCAACAGUUUCUGGCAUAAGGAAGCAAGGCGAUAUGCAAAAUAGGAAACCUGUUAAUAUACCUAGUCCAUUACGGGACUGUCCACAUCCUGAUUGGAGCGACAGUAGUUUACCUAGCAUUAGUACGGUUUCCGAUUUGGACAUGGUACCCUCGAACGAUGUUUAAGAAACUAUACGCUUAAAGGAGAAUAAUCACUGGAUUCUAAAACAUUAUUCUCUGUAGGAAUUAUGAAUAUAAUUCCAAUUGACUGAAUACACAUAAACAUAAAUUUAUAUUUUA